AUGAAUGAACCUUCAUUAAUGGGAUAUCCUUCUUUAUCUCAACAACAACAGCAAUUACCAAAUGGAACCCCCAAUACUCUACAUCAACAACUGCAUGGGUUAUCCAAUAACCCAAUGCCACCACCAGGUUUGAUGAAUUCCAAUGAUUUGCCAAAUAACUUGGGGAACGGCCCAAGGGGAAUAAACGCAAAUAACAACAACAACAACAAUCCUAUGUUAUCUGCCUCACAUCAACUGUUAGAUCAAUUGACCAACGGUAACGCCAACAUGGGUAUGAACAACAACACAAGCCCAAAUGCAAAUAAUACUUCCAUGUCUUCAAACGCACCAUCUCAAAGUUUGGCUAUAGCUUCCAUUAACGCCAAUGCAAACAAUCCAUUAUUCCAUCCACAUUUAGAAGACCCAACAUUGCUAAGCAAUCCAAUUUGGAAACUUCAAUUGCAACUGGCUAACGUUUCUUUACAAUCAUUGGGGCAACCAAACGUUUACGCAAGACAAAAUGCUAUGAAGAAAUACCUCGCAAGUCAAAAUCAAUCUCAAAAUACGUCUAAUAAUACUUUGACAGCACCAGUUGUACCAAACAAUACCAAUAACCCUACUAUACAACCCCAAUCACAGACAACAACGGGGGCUCCAACAACAAAUGAAAACAUAAAUCAGUCCCAACAACAACAGCAAACCCAACCCUCGGAAAUGUCAAUGUCAUUGGUAGAUCGUACCAAGAAACUGUUAAUGGAAAUGGCUACAGAAACAUCAAAGGAGAAAGGUAAGACGAGCAAACCAUCUACUGCGAACAGUGCUAACAAUGGCAAUAGUAUGCCAAACAAUACUAAUGAGGCAAUGACCCCAAGUUCUGCAAAUACUCCAUUAGCUACUACAAACAAUAGUAGAAUGGGCACACCAACAACACCACAUACGGAAUUGCUUAAUACAAGAGACCAAAAUUCAACAACUCCAUCGGUUCUUUUGCAGCAUAAGAAAUUAUCACAACAGUAUAAUAUUGACGAAGAUGACGAAAUCGAAAAUAGAAUGGUAGCACCAAAGGAUACGAAAUAUAACGAUCAAUUAUGGCAUGCUAUCGAUUUUUCCAAUUUGCAAAUUUUUCACAUCAAUGAUAACCUUUUCAAAUACACUUUCUUAACAAGAUUAUAUUUAAAUGGGAACGGACUAACUCAUAUCCCCAAGGAGAUUAAAAAUUUGAACAACCUUUGUGUGUUGGAUUUAUCAAAUAACAAAUUGAGUGAAUUACCCUCAGAAAUUGGUUCAUGUUUCAGAUUGAAAUAUCUAUACUUCUUUAACAAUCUGAUCUCCGAUUUGCCUUGGGAAUUUGGUAACUUAUACAAUUUACAAUUUCUAGGUUGUGAAGGGAACCCAUUAGAUAAAAAAUUAUUGAAAAUCUUAACAGAAAAAUCCGUUACAGGGUUGAUCUUCUACUUGAGAGAUAACAGACCUGAAAUUCCACUAAUUAAGGAUAGAAAAUUUAUUGAAAUUGACACUGAAGGUGAACCAGUAAGAGAAUAUGAUUCUUUGAAAUUAGCUGAUGCCAAUGGUAACCCCGAUUUAGAGAAGAAAUCUUUCACUUUACUAUCAUACAAUACGUUAUGUCAACAUUACGCAACUCCAAAGAUGUAUCGUUACACGCCAUCAUGGGCUUUGAGUUGGGAUUAUAGACGUGAGAAAUUAAAGGAUCAAAUAUUAUCCUAUCAAUCUGAUAUCCUAUGUUUGCAAGAAGUGGAAUCUAAAACAUUCGAAGAAUUUUGGUCUCCUUUGUUGGAAAAAUACGAUUACCAAGGUAUCUUCCACAUUAAGACCAGAGCCAAGACAAUGCAAUCCAAGGAUUCCAAAAAAGUGGACGGGUGUUGUAUUUUCUUCAAGAAAAGUAAGUUCAAACUGUUAUUUAAAGAGGCCAUGGAUUUCAGUGGUACUUGGAUGAAACAUAAGAAGUUUCAACGUACCGAGGAUUAUUUAAACCGUGCCAUGAACAAGGAUAACGUUGCUUUAUAUUUGAAAUUACAAUCUCUAACUUCCGGUGAAUCAGUUUGGGUAGUGACCACACACCUUCAUUGGGAUCCUAAAUUUAACGAUGUUAAGACUUUUCAAGUGGGUAUUCUAUUAGAUCAUAUGGAAGCACUAUUAAAAGAAGAAAAUCCAAAACAAGAUGUAAAGAAGGCCAAUGUGGUUAUAUGUGGUGAUUUGAAUUCAUAUUUUGAUUCUGCUGUUUAUGAAUUAUUAAGCACUGGUCGCGUAGUCAACCAUCAAGACAAUAAAGGUAGAGAUUUUGGUUACAUGUCACAAAAGAAUUUUGCUCACAAUUUAUCAUUAAGGUCAAGUUACGAUUACAUUGGCGAGUUACCAUUUACAAAUUUUACCCCAUCUUUUACUGAUGUCAUUGACUACAUAUGGUUUUCCACACAGUCAAUGCGUGUGAGAGGAUUAUUAGGUGGAGUGGAUCAAGAUUACGUUUCCAACUUCAUCGGUUUCCCUAACGAUAAAUUUCCAAGUGACCAUAUACCUCUACUAGCCAGGUUUGAAUUCAUGAAGAGUUCAAGUGGAAGCAGAAAGAUAUAG